GGGAGGUGACUUGAUGUCAUCCUGAGCAGCUGGGCGGCGGGUACCCGUGCGCACCGAGCCGGGGCUGCCGCUGUGCUGCACCGCGCUGAUCGGAGUCCCGGGAAGUCCGCCGGGGACUGCGCACGGCUGGGGCCAGCCCAGAGGCCGCCGAGCGCCUGGCCCCUCCUGGGGCUCAGCUGGGGGUAUGCUCCAGCUCCCCCGAAGCUCGGGAGAGAACCCAGGAGCGCCGCCGCCCAGCCCCAGCGCCCCGAGCGGCGGAACCGCUGCGGAUGAGCCCUGAACCAAUCCUCCUCCUCUCAGGCAGCCUCUAGGGGUCCGCGACCAAAGUCUUGUUUCUGAGAAAAGAGCCAGCGUGGGAUCCCUGACCGGACUCUUGUGGACCCCCAGGAAAGACUUAAGGCCUGGGCCAUCACUCGUCUACUUUGCCUGCCCCCCAGGACUGGGCAGUUGCCGGAGGCCCUGGGGGGGGGCCAGGACUGUAGUUGUGCGCCCCCCCCCACUGGUCAUGAUGGGUCCUAGUUAGUGAGUGCGGUCUCGCCCAGCUUCCUCCAAACCCACAGGGAGCCCCUGAGGCUCUGAAAGCUUGACCUGCUGUCCACUGGCCAUGGAGACAAAGCUGCCCCCUGCAAGCACCCCCACUAGCCCCUCCUCCCCAGGACUGUCGCCAGUGCCACCACCCGACAAAGUGGAUGGCUUCUCCCGCCGUUCCCUCCGCAGGGCACGACCUCGGCGCUCACACAGCUCUUCCCAGUUCCGCUAUCAGAGCAACCAGCAAGAGCUCACGCCACUGCCUCUGCUCAAAGAUGUGCCAGCCUCUGAGCUGCAUGAGUUGCUGAGCCGGAAGCUUGCCCAAUGUGGGGUGAUGUUUGACUUCUUGGACUGUGUGGCCGACCUAAAGGGGAAGGAGGUGAAGCGGGCGGCCCUCAAUGAGCUGGUGGAAUGUGUGGGGAGCACCCGGGGUGUCCUCAUCGAGCCUGUCUACCCAGACAUCAUCCGUAUGAUAUCAGUGAAUAUCUUCCGGACUCUGCCACCCAGUGAGAACCCCGAAUUUGACCCCGAAGAGGAUGAGCCCAACCUCGAGCCUUCCUGGCCACAUCUGCAGCUGGUAUAUGAGUUUUUCCUACGUUUCUUGGAGAGCCCAGACUUCCAGCCCUCGGUGGCCAAGAGAUAUGUGGAUCAAAAGUUUGUCCUGAUGCUCCUGGAGCUGUUUGAUAGUGAGGACCCCCGAGAACGUGAAUACCUCAAGACCAUCUUGCAUCGGGUAUACGGCAAGUUCCUGGGUCUCCGGGCCUACAUCCGCAAACAAUGCAACCACAUCUUUCUCCGGUUCAUCUAUGAGCUGGAGCACUUCAAUGGUGUGGCUGAGCUACUGGAGAUCUUAGGAAGCAUCAUCAAUGGCUUUGCGCUGCCCCUGAAGACUGAGCACAAGCAGUUCCUGGUUCGAGUUCUGAUCCCCUUGCACUCUGUUAAGUCACUGUCUGUCUUUCACGCUCAGCUGGCAUACUGUGUGGUGCAGUUCCUGGAGAAGGAUGCCACCUUGACAGAGCAUGUUAUUCGGGGGCUCCUUAAAUACUGGCCCAAAACCUGCACCCAGAAGGAGGUGAUGUUCCUGGGGGAGAUGGAAGAGAUUCUUGAUGUCAUCGAACCCUCCCAAUUUGUGAAGAUCCAGGAGCCCCUCUUCAAGCAGGUGGCUCGCUGUGUUUCCAGUCCCCAUUUCCAGGUUGCAGAGCGGGCUCUGUAUUUCUGGAACAAUGAGUAUAUCCUGAGCCUCAUUGAGGACAACUGCCACACUGUGCUACCUGCUGUGUUUGGAACCCUCUACCAAGUGUCCAAGGAGCACUGGAAUCAAACUAUCGUAUCCCUGAUCUACAAUGUGCUCAAAACCUUCAUGGAGAUGAACGGAAAGCUGUUUGAUGAGCUCACAGCCUCCUACAAGCUGGAGAAGCAGCAGGAGCAGCAGAAGGCCCAGGAGCGUCAGGAGCUCUGGCAAGGGUUGGAGGAGCUGAGGCUACGCCGGCUACAGGGGACCCAGGGGGCCAAAGACGGCCCGCUCCCACGGCCUACACCUCAGGUGGCUGCCAGCGGGGGUCAGAGCUAGACAGACCUGAAAGGGGAGAAGCUAAAUCCAGAGCUAUCAUCAGCCCUUACAUCCCUUCUGCCCAGGGGCCCAGUGAGGCCCACGCCUCCCCGUGGCCUUGCCAGAGUGGCUCUGAGGACUCCCACCAGCCCCAUGGGGGGCAGCUUUCACUGGGGGAGACAAGAAGGCAAGAUGGUAGUUUUGGCAACAGAAUGCUCAAGCCUUGUGGCAAGAUUCUGGCAAGACCAGACCAGGGUGACCAUGUGACUGGGAAGCUGCCAUCAGGGAUCCUCCUCUGCUGCCCUGCACAGCCUGGCUCCAGCUGAAGGUGGGCUCCUACCCCUGCUCCUGGCAUGGGGCAAGGGCACUCAGCACCUGACCUGCCUCAGCCUGGCCAGGGCCUUCCUCACCCCCACCAUGGGGGCACGGUCAAUUUAUUCUGUCCAGCUCACCCUCAACAAGACACUGUCCAGGCCCUGGGACAUCCUCCUCCUCUCCUCUUCCUUGCCCUGUACUUCCUUGUCCCCUUUUUAUUUAUUGGGCAGGGGGGAGGGGUGAGGGCACAGGCAAGAAGAUUCACAGUCUCCUGGGGUGAGGGGGGUCACAGUAAUCACGGUCUGUCCUCUUCUCUGGCUAGGGGGCAGACUCAAUAAAGAGCGAAACUCAA